AUGAAACGAUCAACUUUACUCAUUCUCUUUAACUAUCUUGCCGGCGCAGCCUUGGCUAAGCCCAAACCUGUACACCACGACGUUGAUAUUGCUAUCAUUGGUGGUGGUGCGACAGGUGCUUAUGCUGCUGUCAGACUCCGAGAAGAUUACGGCAAGAGUGUCUUGGUCAUUGAGAAAGAGAACAAGCUUGGCGGCCACGUCCAUGCUUACCAACCGGAUGGCGAGGACAGGCCUAUCAACUACGGAGUUCAAGCGUACCUGAGCCGAGAGAACACCAAAGAGUUCUUCAAGCGAUUCGAUGUUGGUCUGAUUGAUCCGGAUCCACAGAGCGGGUUCGAUCUACUUUUUGGCACCAAGGACAUCGAUUUCAAUACUGGAAAAAAUGUUGAUGUUGACUACGGGCUCAUCAACUCAACUGUCGCAUUGAUCGAGUAUGCUGCACUGGCUACCAAAUAUCAGCCAUAUUUUGAGAAUGGUUAUUUCAAGAAGGGUAAAAUUCCAGAAGAUCUUCUCUUGCCUUUCGGAGAGUUCCUCAACAAACAUAGCCUUGGAAGCUCCCUUGCAGUUCUCCGAACGUUGAUUUGGCUGUCUGAUGCAGCGAACACACCUACGUGGUUCGUGAUGGCUGUUGUUGGACAACCCCAACUCGCCGCCCUGGGAUUCGGCCUGGCAGGCCCAUCUUUCAAGUAUCCCGAGACUUACUCUUCAGAAACACUUUACGAUCGUGUUCUUGAACUCAUGAGGGAUGACGUCAUCCUUGAGAGUACUGUGGUCUCGAGCAGUCGAAAGGCCAAAGGCGUCGAUCUGGUCGUGCAAACACCAAACGGGAAGAAGCAUGUCAAAGCCAAGAAACUUCUUGUUGCAGCAACUCCAUCCCCCGGCAACACCGACGCAUGGGACCUUGACAGUAAUGAAAAGUCCAUCUUUUCCAAGUUCUCUUGGGAGACCCUCUACGUCAGCGUUGUUAGCAAGACGAACUUGCCUUCUGAUGUUACUGGUAUUCGCAACGCAUUGGACAACCAGGGUAACUUUUAUCUUCCUCAAGGUAACUUUGUGGAUGCGUACACUCGAGCGGAUGACAAAGACCUCUGGACUACGCGUGUCCUCGGCCGGGCCACUCUGACAGCCCAAAAAGCAAAGUCCAUGAUCAAACAAGUCUUCUCCAAGAUUGACGCUGCGGGGACAUAUGAUGUUACUGACCCUGAUAUCCUGGCUUUUGCCUCACAUGGACUUACUGUGCCUAAAGUGUCACCUGAGGAACUAGCUGCUGGAUUUUACCAGAAGCUUUAUGCGCUACAAGGUCAGCGCAACACAUUUUGGACUGGACUUACUUGGGCCCCGGACUACACUCCGAUCUUGUGGGACUUUACUGAGAAGCUUUUCCCUCAAAUCUUGUCCGGCAUCUAG